AUGUUGUGGUUUGUUAAUUGAUUGGAAUAAAGUUUUUUUUUUCUGGUUUUACCUAUCAAUUUAUAAUUUCCAAAUUUAUUUUACUCAUUUAUCAUCAACUUCGAACAUCUGAAAAAUAAAUUUAACUAAAUAUUUUUAUUUAUUAAAACUGAUUUUGAAACUUUGAAAAGAAAAAGAAAAAAAAAUUUAUCUUCGAAUAUGGUCAUAUGGGCUGAAAAACUCGGAUAGUAUAGCUCACAGCCCAUUUAUGUACCAAACAAAGACCAGAGAUCAGAGAGCCGACCAAAACAAAAAAAAAAAUAUUGUCUUCGCGACCGAGCGACCAAACCUCCUCGAACAAGCAAUCUCUCCCCAAAUCCAACCAGCGCAGCGACAACACGCGUUUUGUAUCAGACCGGAUCAUAGCAGUCUCCCACCACUUCGUUUUCAGACAGCUUUCAUAGCGUCUGUCGAACAUGAGUUUCCUCUUUGGCAAGAGAAAAACUCCCGCAGAGCUUCUGCGGGAAAAUAAGAGGAUGCUGGACAAAUCUAUCAGAGAGAUAGAGAGGGAGAGGCAAGGUCUACAGGCCCAAGAGAAGAAACUGAUUGCAGAGAUGAAGAAAAGUGCAAAGCAAGGCCAGAUGGGAGCUGUAAAGGUUAUGGCAAAAGACCUUAUCCGAACACGACAUCAGAUUGAAAAGUUUUAUAAGCUUAAAUCGCAGCUGCAGGGUGUAUCUCUUAGAAUUCAAACAUUGAAAUCAACACAAGCAAUGGGCGAGGCAAUGAAAGGUGUGACAAAGGCAAUGGGCAAGAUGAACAGGCAGAUGAACUUGCCAUCCUUGCAGAAAAUUAUGCAAGAAUUUGAGAGACAAAAUGAGAAGAUGGAGAUGGUGACUGAGGUGAUGGGUGAUGCAAUUGAUGAUGCUUUGGAGGGGGAUGAGGAAGAGGAGGAAACUGAAGAACUUGUGAACCAGGUUCUUGACGAGAUUGGAAUUGACAUCAAUCAAGAGCUUGUAAAUGCACCAUCAGCUUCUGUUGCGGCACCAGCUGCAAAGAGUAAGGUUGCACAGGCAGAAGCUACUGGGAAUGAUGACAGUGGGAUAGAUAUUGACUUACAGGCAAGGUUAGACAAUUUGAGAAGGAUGUAGUAGUUAUGCCUAAUUACUUCGGUAUAAUGUAGACAUCACCUCUAUGUUGGAACGUGAAAGUGCAUUUGGAUUGUAAGAUUUGGGAUAACUGUGCUGGAGUUUAUUAAUUCAGGAUCUGAAAUACGUGGAAAUUACGAUAAAUUACUUUUUGUAAAUUUAUACAUGCUUGGUGAAUUCACCACUAUGUUUCGAUGACAAACCAGAGAAUGAUCCACAGAUGCACAACAAAGCGGGCAACUACAAUGAGAAUACAGCCACGUAUUUAUACCGGGGCAUGACAAGAAUGCUUGCACCUUGGUAAGCAAACUGCAAAUUCAUAUUCUCCACUGGGGUCUUGAGGUCCCAUGUUGCUGCUUUCCUUACUCUACCUGAAACUUUGAAGCAAGUUCCUGCUUUGGUUUUCAAAACUCUGGCUGGCCGUGAUUUCUGCAAGCCUGCUACGUCUCUGCCUGGACUGCUCAGGCGCUGCGUGCACCACCAGAUAUGAUUUAUAAGGUUGUAGUAUAUAGUUAGCACGAUAGCAGCUGUUCCCACGAGCAGUUCGUAAUAAAGCAUAGUUUGAUUUGACCUUGGAGAAAGGGUAAGGGAAGAAGGGCCGGGAGUGUCUCCCAUGUUGGAAAAAAAAAAAAAAAAGGGUUUUUCAGAUAUGUCUAAGGAUUUACGUAAGAGUUGAAGAUUAUAUGUAGUUGGCAUAUAAAAAAAAACUUGUAGUUAAUCUAAAAGCCAAGCCUUGGUUGGUAUGCAGUCCUGAAGAAAAUGUUGCAUAAAAUCUUUGGCCAAAAAGAAUGAUUGAUUGGGGGAGGGGAUUAUGCCUCGAACUUGAGCAACCUUUCAAGUGCGGAAUCAAUAUGCCGUUGAGCCAAAUGCUCAUGCUCUUUAUCUUUCUCAUUUCUUGGCCUAUGCUCAAUUGGAAAAAUAGUUUGGUGUAGGAAUUCUAUGGAUGAUCCAACCAUGCAUGAGUUAAGAGAUCAAUGAUCAGUUCUCCCAUAAGUAUAUAAUAGUCGAGUUCUCAAGUCCUAAAAGGAAGAUGGCCCAGCCAUUUGAUUUCAUUUGAGAGGGUGGGUCGAUCCUCAUUGUAUUUGUAUGUAUAAAAAAAGAGGAUUAUAUACAAAAGUGCCAUUAACUUA